ACACUUGUUUUGCUCUUUUAUUUUUUAUUUUUAGACGACACUCCUGUGGCCACAGCCAAACGUCUUCCAGGCGAAGGUGAAGAGGAGAGAGACUCCUCUGGUCGUCUGUGGCGAACAGUGAUAAUCGGCGAUCAGGAGCAACGGAUCGACAUGCAGAUCAUCAGACCUUACCUGCGGGUGGUCACCCAUGGAGGUUAUUAUGGUGAAGGUCUGAACGCCAUCAUCGUGUUUGCGGCCUGCUACCUCCCAGACAGCAGCUGUGACGACUACACAUACAUCAUGGAGAAUCUGUUUCUGUAUGUCGUUAGCAGCCUGGAGCUGUUGGUGGCUGAAGAUUACAUGAUCGUUUACCUGAACGGAGGAACUCCCCGCAGGAAGAUGCCUGGAAUCGGCUGGUUGAGGAGAUGCUACCAGAUGAUUGCCAGAAAACUGAGAAAAAACCUCAAGUGUCUGAUCAUUGCACACCCAACAUGGUUUAUCAGAACUGUCCUGGCCAUCUCAAGACCAUUCAUCAGUGUGAAGUUCAUGGAUAAGAUCCGAUAUGUUCACACCCUGGAAGAGCUCAGUCACAUCAUCCCCAUGGAGCACGUGCAGAUUCCUGAAUGUGUGCUGCAGUAUGACGACGAGAAGGUAAAAGCACAAAAGCUGAGACAGGAACAAGAGCCGCAGCAAACCAAGUCAACUCUUCCUAGAGAAAGACCAAAGUCAAUGCUACCAGAGGUCGGCCGUGACAUCUGACGUGAAGUCCAGUACAUCGAGUUGAAGAUCUGCUGGGGAACGUUUGCUCAGUGAACUGGGAACCAGCAUCAUCAGAUUUUUGCACUGAAAUCUCCCGAAUGGACCCGUUAGCUGCAGGACAAUCACUCCUCAGUGUUUAUCUCGUUCUAAAACUGUUAACAAGACGUUACAGAUCCAAUUUAAAACUGAUUCCUGCAUGUAAGUUUGAGCUGUACUAUAAAGCAUGGCAACUAUUUUGAAUUAAAAACCGUACAGACUCCUCAUACCAUCUCUUCUUAGACUGAAUCCAGCUCAGUUAUAUUUCAUGUAUGGGGUUUGUUUGGUUUAUUAAAUAUGCUUACUGAAAACUGAUGUGCAAUGACGUUCUUCUCAAACAUGUUGUAAAUGUUACUGAUGCAAAAGUAUUGUACAGCUGUCAGGUUUUCCAGCGUUAAAUAUGCAGUUUGCAUGCUUGUUUGUAUCAUUUCCUUCUUUGGUACAUGUAUCUGUUUUGUUUUUAAAUUCUGAAAAAAAGAAAGAAAUACUUUUUCAAGCUCGAAAGACUGAGUUGUUACAGAUGAAAUAAAAUAUAUUUAAAGAAAGAGAGUCUGAGUAAUUGCUUUAAGCGUUAAUCUAUGAAAAUGUGCCAUUCGAUGUCUC